GCGGAGCACCCGCAGUCCGAUUUUCAGGGGUUCAUAGCGUCAACGAAGGUUCUCGUUCCACGCCCGUCUUCCUUUACGAAAGCGUCACGAGAGCCCCUCGCUCACCGGCUCAGACUCGCGGGCUGCGCUCUACGAGGAGCAUUACGGACGAGCGCGCCGAGCCGCUGACCUCUGACCCGGAAGUUUUCUCCCCGAGCCGCGCACGUUGAGCCGGCUUUGGCUCGGGUUUGUUACCGACAGCCUGCGGUCAUGUCGUCCAAGAAGAACCGAAAGCGGCAGAAGGAGGGCGCCGAGGGCACCUCGCCUUCGCUCUCUGCUGCUUCGUCUCGCUCGGGGACGCCGGGUUCACUGGCCCGGCCUGACGUGGCGGCGCCGGGGAUGCUGGUGGUGACCAACUUCCUCGAGAAAGUAGAUGGCAAAGUUCCUAAGACAUUCCAGAAUUCCCUUGUUCAUCUUGGACUUAAUACUAUGAAGUCUGCAAACAUAUGUAUAGGCCGACCAGUGCUCCUUACCAGUUUGGAUGGAAAGCAGGAGGUUUAUACGGCCUGGCCAGUUGCAGGAUUUCCUGGAGGCAAAGUUGGCCUGAGCGAAAUGGCACAGAAGAAUGUGGGUGUGAAAGCUGGAGAGACCAUCCGAGUGCAGCCUCUUUUGGGAGCUGUGCUCCAGGCUCAGGAAAUGGACUUGGCACUGAGUGACAAAGAUAAGGAAAUUAAUGAAGAAGAACUGACUGGUUGUAUUCUGAGAAAACUAGAUGGCAAGAUUGUUUUACCAGGCAACUUCCUGUACUGUACAUUCUAUGGACGACUCUGCAAGUUACAAGUGUUGCAAGUCAAAGGGACAGAUGGCACAACCUUGGGAAAGCCUCAGAGUGCCUCCGACACUGACACCCCGGGAGUGGCUGCUGAACAUUCUAGUGCGGAGAGCAGUGACGUGGAUAUAUCUUUCCAGCUAAGCCAGUUAGAGCUGAAAGAGCCUCAGAGCCCAGUGUCACAGAGUACUCCCUGUAAAUCCGUUAAUGACAGAAUUAUGAAUGAAGCUGGGAAUUUGUUGGAUGUUACACAGAGCCCCAGAGAUGGCAGUGGACUUGGACUAAAGGAAGCCACAGGUCUUAAUGUAGUUUUGAUUCAUCCAGAGAAGGAAAUACACGGCCUCAUCAGUGAAGAGAAACUACUGAAGUGUACCAGUGCAGGGGCAAAGAACAAUACUGAUACAUUUUAUUUUAUUUCUUCCACAACAAGAAUCAAUCUUAAAAAAAUUUGUACAAAUUCAAAAGAACAAGACAGCCAAUUCAAAGUAACUUACGACAUGAUUGGAGGCUUAAACAGUCAGCUGAAAGCAAUAAGAGAAAUAAUUGAGCUGCCUCUCAAGCAGCCUGAACUUUUUCAAGAGUUACGCAUAUUACCCAAUGUUGGAAUUCCAGCACCAAGAGGGUUGUUACUCUAUGGUCCUCCCGGCACUGGGAAGACAAUGAUUGCUAGGGCUGUUGCUAAUGAAGUUGGAGCUUAUGUUUCUGUAAUUAAUGGUCCGGAAAUUAUAAGCAAAUUCUAUGGUGAGACUGAAGCAAGGUUACGCCAGAUAUUUGGAUGAAGCCACUCUACGGUACUGCACCCAUCAAUUAUUUUUAUUGAUGAACUGGAUGCACUUUGCCCUAAAAGAGAAGGUGCUCAGAAUGAAGUGGAAAAGAGAGUUGUAGCCUCACUCUUAACAUUGAUGGAUGGCAUUGGCUCAGAAGGAAGUGAAGGACGGGUAUUAGUCCUUGGGGCCACAAAUCGCCCUCAAGCGCUAGAUGCUGCACUCAGAAGACCUGGACGAUUUGAUAAAGAGAUUGAGAUUGGGGUUCCUAAUGCCCAGGACCGGCUUGAUAUUCUCCAGAAGCUGCUUCGAAGGGUGCCACACUUGCUCACUAAAGCUGAGCUUCUGAGGCUGGCAAACAAUGCCCAUGGAUAUGUUGGCGCAGACUUGAAGGCUUUGUGUAAUGAGGCAGGUCUGUAUGCCUUGCGAAGAGUUCUGAGGAAACAGCCUAAUCUCCCUGAUAGCAAGGUGGCUGGUAUGGUGAAAAUUACCCUCAAUGAUUUCUUACAAGGAAUGAAUGACAUCAGACCUAGUGCUAUGAGAGAGGUAGCAAUUGAUGUCCCAAAUGUAUCCUGGUCAGAUAUUGGAGGACUGGAAGAAUAUAAACUGAAAUUGAAACAGGCUGUGGAAUGGCCCUUGAAACAUCCUAAGUCUUUCAUCAGAAUGGGCAUUCAGCCACCUAAAGGAGUUCUCCUGUAUGGUCCCCCGGGAUGCUCCAAAACAAUGAUAGCAAAGGCGUUGGCCAAUGAAAGCGGGCUGAACUUUCUAGCUAUAAAGGGGCCUGAGUUAAUGAAUAAGUAUGUUGGUGAAUCUGAAAGAGCGGUUAGAGAGAUAUUCCGUAAAGCAAGAGCAGUGGCACCUUCCAUUAUCUUUUUUGAUGAACUUGAUGCUUUGGCAGUUGAAAGGGGCAGUUCUUCAGGUGCUGGGAAUGUUGCAGACCGUGUAUUGGCUCAGCUGUUAACAGAGAUGGAUGGGAUUGAACAACUAAAAGAUGUAACUGUUUUGGCAGCUACUAAUCGCCCAGACAGAAUUGACAAGGCUUUGAUGCGGCCUGGAAGAAUUGACAGGAUCAUUUACGUGCCCUUGCCAGAUGCAGCAACAAGAAGGGAAAUACUGAACCUGCAGUUCCACUCGAUGCCAAUCAGUAACGAGGUUGACCUGGAUGAACUAGUUCUCCAGACUGACACUUAUUCAGGAGCAGAGAUCAUAGCCGUCUGUAAGGAGGCUGCUCUCCUAGCCCUGGAAGAAGACAUUAAAGCUGACCGCAUUAUGAAGAAGCAUUUCACUCAAGCCUUGAGCAUUGUGACACCUAGAAUCCCAGAGUCACUGAUGCGCUUUUAUGAAGAUUACCAAGAAAAGAGUGGGCUACACACCAUCUAAGAAAUACAUACUUAUAUGCGUAUAUUUUGUAGAGAAAAGUUUGCAAAUUUUGUCUCGAGUGUUUACAGUUUCUUAAUAGGUAAAUGUUUGAAAUAUCCUCAUUGGAGUUGAAGAGCCUCACCUAAAUGUUUUUGAAUCAUUCAAGUACAAUAAACAUACCUCUGGGCAUGA